UGGCCUCUGUGUAAGUUGGCUGGAUGGAAACUACUUGUCAGACGUGUCAGGCAUGUGGUUGGCAUAUUGACAUUACUAGCAUCAUUGAUUACUGUAUUUAAACCAUCGGUAAGUCGGAUGCUCUUGACAUCUGCACAUAUCAUAUGCAAUCACGACGGUGGCCUCUGGGUUCAGCAUCCUAACACCGAAUGCCAUGCUGGGCUAUGGCUACCGAGUGGAGCACUUCUGGUAUAGCAUUGAAUAGUUCUCGCCUAAGGCUAUUAUCGUGGACAGUGGCUCGACAGAUGGGGGUCCCUACAAACUCGGCCUGAAUAAGAUGACAUAUAGUCGCGAGUCCUAUCUUCGUGAUCUCACGCCUAUUCUGCAGGCCUGCUUUUAUAAAAAGAUCCAGGUCCUAAGGGAAGGAGCAGUGAACCAUCAGCCCAUAAAACCAAGGUCUCCAUCGCACCUGCCUCGCAGGCCAGACAAUGGCAGUCUCACCCAGGAAAGAGCGAUUUCCCAGAGGGAAGGUGCGACCUAUCGUCCGCCCGCCCGCUCCAGGGCUCCAGCUCCAGUCUUCACCUUGCUCCAACAAGUAUCUCAACACGUCUAUAACUCGAAUUCCAGAUACUACCUUUUCAACCAGUUCUGCAGGCUGCUAGAUUUUCACCGACUCAUCUUCCUGUGCCAGUGUCCUGAGCAGCUGUUGAUCACAUGCUUCUCUGAACGCAAGGAGGAUUCUCCAUCACAUUUUAUAUAGCGCCAGGCGAUCAACACUGAACUCUAGGACUUCACUCUGAAACGUGCUGCGCAGCUUCUCGAACAAUUCGACUCUUGUUUUUGUUGGC